AUGGAGGCUCUCUUGGAUUCGGGUGUGAAUCCUCUGCAUCAGCACGCUGAUGGUCUCCAGCCACUUCAUCGUGCGUGUGCUGGGCCACUCAAACGCCAUGCGAAAACUGUACAAGUCCUGCUGAGCUCGGGUAAAGUGAAAUAUAAUGAUGUGACCUCCAACGGUUUGAACUGUGAGCUGCUUACUCGUAACCCCGAUGUUAUGUCGCUGAUUGCGCCACAGGCCAUGGCUCAAGCAAAAGCCGCUGAGGAGAAGCGAGCGGAAAAAGCUGCUGCGGCGCUGGAGGCUGAGCUGGAAGCAAUGGAUGAUGAAGAAAAUGAUGAUGAAGACGUUGCUAGAACGACUAUUCGUAGUGCGAGUGGAGCACAAGUUGACGAGGAUGGAAGAGUUGUUGUCUCAGCUGCUGAGACGCAUAUUGAAGUCGACGGGGAUAAGGAGGCAGAGGAUGAUGAUGAAGAUGAAGAUGAUUAUGAUUUGGUAGACGCUGAGAUCUAG